UGUCUAAUGCUGGAAUUUUACUGGCAAUGCAGCGUUGGGUGCUGUUGCUGAGCGUAGUCGGGCUGGUGACUACUGUGCCUACGCCCUUAGACCAGAUCACUCCGAGAGACGGCGAACGCUGCGGCUACGAUAGCUGUACCGACGCGGAGCCAGGCGUCCUGAACGUGCAUAUAGUUGCGCAUACGCAUGAUGACGUCGGCUGGCUAAAGACCCUCGACCAGUACUACUAUGGAAGUCGAAAUAAUAUUCAGAAGGCGUGCGUCAAGUGUAUCCUUAAUUCAGUCGUGAAAGAACUAUGGGAGGACCCCAAAAGGAAAUUCAUCUACGUGGAAACAGCGUUCUUCUGGAAGUGGUGGGUGGCGCAGCCCGAGUCCGUGAAGUCCCAGGUUCACACCCUGGUGAGGCAGGGGCGUCUGCAGUUCAUAGGGGGGGCUUGGAGCAUGAACGAUGAAGCGGCAACCCACUAUCAGAGCACUGUUGACCAGUUCACUUGGGGAUUACAAAAAUUAAACGAUACGUUCGGCGAGUGCGGGCGGCCGCGCGUCGGCUGGCAGAUCGACCCGUUCGGCCACUCACGGGAGUUCGCCGCCAACCUGGCGUCCAUGGGCUACGACGGGCUCUUCCUCGGUCGCAUCGACUACCAGGACAAGGCUCACCGGCUCAGGGAGCGGACCAUGGAGGUGCUGUGGCGAGGCAGCGACGAUCUUGGCAAGUCAUCCGACAUUUUCACCGGCGUGUUGUACAACACGUACUCGCCACCACCCGGUUUCUGUUUCGACGUGUUAUGCGACGAUGAGCCUAUAAUCGACGACGUCUCCUCGCCUAUGUACAAUGUCGACGCCAAGGUGGCAACUUUUCUCGAAAUAGCCGCGAAUAUGUCUAAAAGCUACCGGACCAACAACAUACUAGUGACGAUGGGGGAAGACUUCAACUAUUUGGACGCGUCGCUGUGGUUUGACAACCUCGACAAGCUUAUACAAUACGCGAACCUGAAAUCAGCGAAAGAGAAUCUGAACGUAAAGCUGUUCUACUCCACUCCUACCUGCUACCUGAAGGCAGUCAAGGAUGCCAACCCCAGCUUACCCAUCAAACAAGAUGAUUUCUUCCCGUAUGCGUCCGACUCGACCGCCUACUGGACUGGCUACUUCACCUCCCGCCCCACCACCAAGAGGAUGGAGAGAGAGACCAACAACUAUCUACAGGUAUCUCCCUCUAGCACGACUACUCGCGUCCGACUCGACCGCCUACUGGACUGGCUACUUCACCUCCCGCCCCACCACCAAGAGGAUGGAGAGAGAGACCAACAACUAUCUACAGCACGACUACUCGCGUCCGACUCGACCGCCUACUGGACUGGCUACUUCACCUCCCGCCCCACCACCAAGAGGAUGGAGAGAGAGACCAACAACUAUCUACAGACCUUCAAAAUGCUACAAGUUCUGACGGACCUGCCCCAAUCCAACAUGUUCAUUCUAAAUGAGCUUAAGAGUGCGAUGGGAAUGAUGCAGCAUCAUGACGCCAUCACGGGCACUGAGAAGCAACAUGUGACGCACGACUAUGAGCGCAUCGUGGCACGAGCGGUCGACGACGCUUACAUCAUCGGCAACCAGGCCCUCAACAAGCUGGUUAAGCCAGAAGCGACUCUAGUGUAUGAACGCUGCGAGUUCAACCAAUCCCAGUGCAGCGUCACCGAGCGCAGCCAAGCUUUUGUCGUGACUGUGUUUAACAAUCAGGUGAUGCCUAAAGACUCGUCAAAGAUAGACCUGCCCGUCAUCGGAGAAGGAUAUUCCGUUUACGACGAGACUGGUACCAACAUAGCCUGCGAAAUACAGAAACUGUCAUCAGAAUACUUCUCAAUGCCAACCAGAAAAUCCAACGCCACACACAACCUAUGCUUCUUCGCGAAAAACUUGCCCGGACUCGGCUAUAAAAACUUCUACGUGAAAAAAGAUACAAAAGAGAAAAGAGACACGAAGAAAAGAUACGAUUAUUAUUCAAAUAUAAAUGAUUAUUGGAAAGAUAUUAGAGAUAAUAUCGACGUUGAUAUAAAGAAUGUGGAAGCUGAAAUUGUGGGUAAACCAGAUACGAAUGUAUUCGAGAAGGUACCAGUUAGGGAUAAUUUGAAUUUUGAUAAGGUUCAUGAUUACGAUAGAGAUAUCAAUUGGGAUGUUUUGAAGGAUGGGGGCGAGAAUGAUGAGGAAGAGAUUCAGGGUAUACUUAAGGGAGCGAGCAAGAAGCUUGUUGAAGAUAUGGCGCGAGUCGGUAAAGACAGCAAGACUGUGUUUCCGGGGAUGAGCGACGAUGAGAUGCGGAUGCUGUCCGACGAUCCGCUGGUGGUUGAAGGCCCGCGGGACAUCGUGCUCGAAAACGACUACAUCAUCCUAGCCAUGAAUAAGGACAAUGGUUGGAUGAGCUAUACAUCCAAAACGGACGGCAGUACGCUCAACUACCUGCCCGUGCCUGGCUACUACAUCGGCUGCGAGGGGGAUAAUAAGGCACCAGCCAACCGCUCGUCGGGCGCCUACAUCUUCCGGCCCAACACGACCUCCCCAGACCUCCACACCUUCCACCACUUCGUCAUCACCAACGUCGUCCAAUCAGAGCUGCAGCAACUCCGCAUACACUACGACGAAUCCGUCUGUCUCACUGUCGGCUUAAAAGACGAUACUGUGUACUUUUCAACCAUCUUAAACAUAGAUUUAGGCAGAGAAUAUGUCCUUAGAUUCGAAACGGACUUGAAAACUGACGGCGCUUUUUAUACUGACUCCAAUGGCAGACAGAUGUUGAAACGAAUCAGAAACAGUCGCCCGCAAUGGAAUGUUACUCUGGCAGAACCGAUUCCUGGCAAUUAUUAUCCUAUAGUUAACGAGAUUUAUAUAGAAGAUGAAGAUUUGAGGGUAGUUGUGAAUGUGGACAGGGCUAGGGGUGGCGCGUCGCUUAAAGAUGGCUGGUUUGAAAUUAUGCAGCACCGGAGACUGACACAUGAUGAUGCAUUUGGUGUGGGUGAAGCGCUAAAUGAAACUGUUGGAGGCAAAGGUUUAUAUAGCGUUGACACUGUAAUGCUACAAGUCGUUCCUAAAACUAAAAAUAACUUGAUAAAUGCAGCUGAAAAAAGCCUACAAUUCUUCUCUGAGCCGCAGCUUUUUGUAGCUGAAGCACCUUUCGGUUUAGACAAAUUCAAAACUAUGAAAAACGUAUACAGUUUCCUAAAAACUGAUCUACCCAAAGGCGUUCAUUUGCUAACUUUGGAGCCGUGGAAAAAUAAGAUUUUGAUACGGUUGGAAAAUUAUCUAGAUAAAGAAUUGUCAUCUGAUUAUGUUUCUGUGGAUUUGACUAUUGUUUUUAACACAAUUGAGAUUAAAUCGAUAAAAGAAACUACUUUAGCGGCUAAUAUCUGGUUAGAAGAGUAUAAACAAUGGGAAUGGAAUACAGAUGAAGAGUUUUCUGAAAGUUUUAACAAAGAGUAUGGGGAUAAGGACGUGUAUAGAGCCAAAGAGCGUAAGAAGUAUGAUGAUGAUGGACUUAUUAUUAAACUAAGGGCCAAGGAAAUUAGGACGUUUGUGGCGGAGUAUAGUGUCAAAACUUAAUUUUAUAAUUGUUAUUAGUCAUGUUAAUGAAGAAUAAAGGUUUAAAAAAAAUCUU